AUGGUUCUCUUGAGAUUUGCACCAUCUCCUACUGGUGCUCUUCACCUCGGUGGACUCAGGACCGCCCUUUACAACCAUCUGUUCGCCAAAAAACACGGAGGCAAAUGGAUUCUCAGAAUAGAAGACACAGACGCGGCGAGAUAUGUACCGACCGCGGUGGACGGCAUUAGGAAUGCAUUGGCAUGGGCUGGUCUUCCGCAUGACUUCGGUCCUGGAAUGGAUGGUCCCCAUGGGCCGUAUUUCCAAUCAGAACGGCUUGACCUUUACCAUUCAUAUACACGCAGGCUCCUAGAAUCUGGUCAUGCAUAUCGGUGCUUUUGCUCUCCCGAUAAACUUGCUGCUACCCGCGAGAAGCUUGCACGCACAGGGUCAAAUGCCACGUAUGACAAGUCCUGCCUUCAUCUCACUGAGGAAGAAGUUGCAAGGAGAGUACGCGCUGGGGAGAAGUCCAUCGUCAGGCUGAAUGAUGACAACCUCCCAGACCGUUCUUCACCCACCGAUAUCGUCUUCGGUAUCCUGAGGGAUGCACAUGCGUCACUUCCAACAGACCCUGUUCUUCUGAAAUCUGAUCUGUUCCCUACGUACCAUUUGGCGUCUGUUGUUGACGACCAUGAGAUGGAUAUCACACACGUUCUCCGCGGAGAGCCUCCUCAGUUUGCGCAUCUACCCAUCCUCUUGAACCCGAAUGGAACAAAGAUGUCAAAGCGCAACGGAGAUGUGUCUGUCUUAGAUUUCAUGCGCCGUGGAUGGGAGCCCGAAAGUGUUAUAAAUUGGCUGGCACUAGCUGGGUGGGGCGUGCACCACGAAAAUGGGCGUGGAUCCCCACCCGGAACGCCCUCGACUCAACCUCCCGACAGCACAACCCUCAUGACACUUCCAGAACUCAUCAAUCAAUUUGAUUUAUCUUCCCUCACGCAUCGCAGGAAUGUCCUUGAUCCCGCAAAGCUUGCAUAUCUUAACAAACAUCACCUCAUGCGGAGCUGGCAGAGCGAACAGGGUAUCGCCUUUCAGGCAAGACGAGUACAUGAUGUUGUGAAGGCUGCUUUCCCUCACAGUCCAUACACGAAUGUGGAGUACAUCACGCGUGUGAUCGGCGUCUUACAGGGUCGCAUAACAAAUCUUCAUGACGUUCCAACACUCGCUCCGUUCUUUUUCGUGGAACUGGAUUAUGAAUUGCCCGAGGCGCAUUCCAUAAAGCGAGGGCUAUCAGCUGAUGACUACGGCAAGUCAUGCACUGUCAACCAUGUGCUGCGACGAGUUAUCCUGCAACUCGAGUCUUCAUCACCAUCGACGCAAGCUGACAUUGCAGUUUUCUUGCAUGAUGCGUGCGAGAAAACAGGCCUGAAGUCAAAGGUCUUCAUGACUGCUUUGAGGCACGCGCUAUCUGGGAUGAAAGCGGGACCCAGCCUUCCUGAGAUCAUCGAUGUUCUUGGCACCGAACGAACAGCACAAAGGCUGAAAUUGGCGCUCUCAGCACACAAAACCAGCGAUUCGAAACAAACAUGA